AUGGUCCUCUAUCCCAGUCAAUCUUGGAGGCUCCCCUGCCAACCGGUCUCGAAACCCCUUCCGCUAGGGACCUACGACGGGACCAUCGAUCCGGACGAACAUAUUGAGAACAUCGACGCCCUUCUCGACUAUAGAGGAGUGCCCAGUGCCAUUAAAUGCCGUUUGUUCCCUACCACCCUGCGAAAGGGAGCCAUGACCUGGUAUAAAAGUUUUCCCGAUGAGUCCAUCACAUCAUGGAGGGUGCUCGGAAAACUUUUUUCCAGACAUUUCACGGCCUCCCGAAGACACCCCAAGUCAGAAGCCUCCUUGGAAGCCAUUAUCCAAGGAAAGGACGAGUCUCUACGGGCGUACAUAGAAAGAUUCAAUAAGGAAGCUGUACAGGUAUCCACCACUGCCCAUAUGAAGAAAUUCUUGCUCGAGCACGGCCUCCGACCAUGCUCUGACUUCGCUAAAGCCGUCGGAAUUGAAACACCGACCACUCUGGACGAAUUCUUCCUCAAAGCCCAAGCCUAUAUUCAGUAUGAGGAGAAAGAAGCCUCCCACGCCGUACGCAAUUCCAGGCACGAAGAGAGCAGUAAAAAUACACGCCAAGAUGAGUCUCGCCGGGGAACUGAUAAAAAGAAAGAUGAUAAAACUCGGGACCCUAAGGAUUACAAAACCCCUACGGGGAAAUUUCGAGAGUAUACCCCGCAGAACGCUUCAAGGGAGCGCAUCUUGAACGAAUGCGCAAAUGCCGAGUUUCAGACAGGCAAAGUUCGGUUCCCGAAGAGCAUGCCCGUCGGGCCAAACGUGGAUAAAUCGAAAUUCUGCCGAUUCCACAAAGGCCACGGGCACAACACCGAGGAUUGCAUCCACCUUAAGGAUGCCAUAGAGAUAUUAAUCAGAGAGGGACAUCUAAAGCAAUAUGCGAAGAAGCAGGAGGCCGCUAGAGAAGUUAAACCAGUCACCGAGAAAAAGCCGGCGGAAGAUGCGCCUGCCAUGCAAGUGGCCAUGAGCGUUACCAGGCCGGAAGAUUUUUACCUCCCUGACUGGGCCAACGCAGCGACCACCUAUUCCUCCCACAGCACAUGGGAGAGGUUCCCGUCUGCAAUGGUUAUAUCCGGCGGGGGUUUCAGUAAACUGACCGUCGGAUUCGUAAAACGCAAGUUCGACGAGCUAAUCUCGGCCAGCGCGAACGUAGCCUCGACUUUCGACCACGCCAGAUGCAGUCCUUCCUCAAUAUCUUUCUAUAAAGAAGAUUUGCCCGGAGGAGCACCUAACGCGAUCAUCCCACUCCUCAUCCGAGCCCGGAUGACUAAUUUUGACGUGCGACGCAUAUUGGUCGACAAGGGAAGUUCAGCGGACAUCAUGUACUCCCAAUUGUUCAAAACAUUGCAGCUGAACGACAGUCACCUUACCCCAUACGUAGGGUCGGACUUACAAGGAUUCAAUGGCACAGUAACCAAGCCGUGGGGAUUUGUGGAACUCAUAGUUUCGAUCGGGUCGGCAGAGGCCACCAGGGCAGUGAAAGUCCAAUUUCUGGUCAUCGACUGCCCAUCAAUAUACCAGUGCAUCCUCUGA